AUGAUAAUCUCUUUAAGAACUUGGCGAGUUUCAAUUGGAGGCACGUGCGAAAAGGGUGGCUUUGGCGACUAUUCUGCAUCUGGCGCAAUGUGCCGCUGCUUAGAUGCAAAUCUCCAAAAUCUCCUUGGGGGAACAGUCAGUCGGCGAGUCGGCGAUGAAAUUAACACACUCGGAUGGCUGUUCUUCCGAAACCUCCUUCGAUGCAAACUAGGCAGCAAUACGAGUAAACGAGGGUUACAAGCGGCUAGAACUCACAAGCGGCAGCUUACGAAAAUAGACGAAGCUUGGCUGUCAUUUUAUGUGGAUAUUGGACAUUGCACGCUCGGUUACUGAACGAAGGGGGGUGUUGCUGAGUAUAAGUGAAAGGGCUGAGACGCCCAGCUCAGAAAACAGCCACCAUCUUGGACGGGAGACCACCAAAUUCCGGCUUGGCAUUCUAAUAUUACCCUGCGCUAUUCAGCGCUGUCUGCCUUGAUAGUGAAGUGAAGUGCUCUACGGCCUCCUGUGAACGCCGACUCGCCAACCCUUCAGAAUAGGGAAGAUGGGAUCGUCACAAGAGCUGGAGGCACGCGACGCUGGUCUACCCUCCGCGGUCGAAAAGGGAAUACCAGUAGUCGCGCCAGCUGUUGCGCCUGCUGCCCCUGCUGAAGCUCAAGAUGCCAUCAUUGAGGCAACCGAGCUGGAGGUUGAAAGCGCGUUAAAGAAAGAGAAGGACGAGGAGCAUACCAAUGCCUCGUUUUCCCAUUUCAUUAGGAUAUUCUCUUAUGGGAAGUCGUGGGACUUUGUCUUCCUCGUUGCUGGAGCUGCGGCAGCCAUGGGGGCCGGGAUCACCUUGCCGUUGAUGAAUAUUGUCUUUGGGAAUCUAAUUGGCGACUUCAGUAACGCGGCAAGCAUGGAUAAGGCUACCAUGAGCAAAGUGUUGGCUGGGGCGAUCAACAAGAAUGCAUUGUACAUUGUCUAUCUCUUCAUAGGAAAAUUUGUGCUCGUUUAUAUUUCCAUGUUUUCCUUCAGAUUCGUUGGGACGCGGCUCUCAGCUGCCAUCAGGCUAGACUAUCUUCGUGCCUUGUUCAACCAGUCGAUAUCGGAGCUGGACAAGCUGCCAGCAGGAUCUGCUGCCCAGACGAUUACUGGUGGCGCCAAUACCCUCCAGAUUGGAAUCACAGACAAGCUUGGUACCCUCUUGCAAUUCUCGGCAAUGAUUCUGAGCGCCUUCAUCGUCGCAUUCAAGUAUUCGUGGCAACUGACAUUGGUGACGAGCUCUGUUUUGCUUGGUAUCAUUGUCUUAUUUGGCUUCGUCAUCCCCGUGUGGCUAAAGUCUCAGAAAGCAGUCGACUACGCAAACGGCAAGGCUACAUCUAUUGCUAGCGAAGCCAUCGGAGCGGUUCGAAUGAUUGUUGCCUGUGGUGCUGAGGAGCGCGUUUCAAAAAAACACGGCUACUGGGUCGGUGAAGCAAGGAAAAGAGGAUUGAGGCAGUCGCCUCUCCUUGGUGCCCAACUUGGUCCAACCUUUCUCUGCGUCUUUGCCGACUACGCCCUGACAUUUUGGUAUGGUGUGAAGUUGUAUAACGAUGGGCACAUUGAUAGUGUCGGCACGAUUUUAAUUGUCCUUAUGAGCGUCUUGAUAUCUGUCAUGUCACUUGGAAGCGUUAUUACACCGUUGAAUGCUGCCACGAAGUCGGCUGCGGCGGCCGCAGAGUUUUUUGCGAUCAUCGACAAGCCAACAUUGUCGCGGGAUGGACUGAGCGAUCCGGCUGUCUUGACUCCUGACGAUAUCAAGUUCGAAAAUGUAACAUUCGCAUAUCCGACACGGCCGCAUGUCAAAGUUCUUGAUGACUUUAAUGCUGUAUUUGAAAAGGGCAAGCUCACAGCCAUUGUGGGGCCAUCUGGAUCUGGGAAAUCAACCAUCGUCGGCCUCAUUGAGAGAUGGUAUAAUCUCACGCCAGAAAUGGAGGCCGAGGAAUCAGAAAAAUCUGAAAAUGUCCAGCUGGGUGGAGCCAUCAAGAUGGGAAACCAUGCACUAGACGAUAUAAACUUGAAGUACUGGAGAUCUCAGAUCGGCCUUGUUCAACAGGAGCCGUUUAUCUUCAAUGAUUCGAUAUUUGCCAACGUUGCAUACGGGCUGGUUGGUACCGAGUGGGAAGACGCAGAGGAAUCAAUCAAAAGAGAGCGGGUAAAGGAGGCGUGCGAGGAGUCGUUCGCCGACGAGUAUAUUACCAGACUACCCCUUGGCUAUGACACACAGGUUGGCGAGAGUGGGAUGAAGCUCAGUGGUGGCCAACGGCAACGACUUGCCAUCGCACGAGCGAUUGUGAAACGCCCCCAGAUCUUGAUCUUUGACGAGGCCACCAGUUCCAUCGAUGUUCGCGGAGAACGAAUUGUCCAGGCUGCGCUUGACAGAGUAGCCAAAGACCGAACCACGAUUACAAUUGCCCAUCGACUUUCAACCAUCAAAAAGGCCGACAAGAUCAUAGUUGUUGCGAAAGGAAAGGUGGUCGAGCAAGGCUCACACGAAGAACUUGUCAAGGAUGAGGAUGGUGUAUAUCACAACCUCGUACACGCACAGCAGAUCAUAAUGGGCAGCACCAAGGAGUGGGAGAUUGAAGAGGACUCAACCGCCUCUCUAGAGGCAACAGAGGUCUCGGAAAAGAUUGCCGUCGAAACAAAGGUCGAUACUUAUGUGCAGAAAGAUGUCUUUCGGAGUUUUGGGGUGUUGCUUUUCGAAAACAGAAGACAUCUGCCUUGGUUGUUUCUGACGAUACUGGGAUCACUGGGUGGAGGAGCCGCCGUUCCCGUCACAGCAUUCCUCAUGGCGAACGUUAUUUCAGUCUUUAGCGAUUACCGACCCGACGACGUCCAGGGAAUGUCAAGUGCUAGCCAAACGUGGGCAUUGGCGUUUGUUUACCUUGCAAUAGGUGUUGGCGUAUCGUACUUCGUUAUGGGCUGGUGUGCCAAUUCUCUAUCUGUGCAUGUUGCAAAUACAUAUCGCCAGCAAUACUUUGAGGGCGUUGUGCACAAGCCGAUCAAGUUUUUUGAUCAAGAGGAUAAUUCGACAGGAACUCUCGUGGCUCGACUAUCGUCUGACCCAACCCAGCUGCAAGAAUUAAUGGGCACGAACAUGGGCUUUGUUUAUAUCGCCAUAUCCUCGCUGACGGCCUGUAUCAUAUUAUCCUUGGCCAUAGGAUGGAAACUGGCUCUUGUGUCGCUGGUUGCUGCACUCCCACUAACCUUCACUGCUGGCUUCUUCCGCGUCAGGUAUGAGAUCCAAUUCGAAAAGUUGAACGCCGAUGUCUUUGCCGAGAGUUCGAAGUUUGCAUCAGAGGCGUUCGGAGCCGUCAGAACCGUGGCAAGCCUUACCCUCGAAGACAAAAUAUGCCAGCGGUACGAAGACCUUCUGGACCACCACCUCUACCAGAGCAGAAUGAAGUCCCGGUACAGCACUCUAGUAUUCGCUCUGAGUGACAGUAUAAAUAUGCUCUGCAUGGCGUUGACCUUUUGGUAUGGAGGACGCCUGCAAGUGAGUGGAGAAUAUGAUAUCAAACAGUUCAUUAUCAUCUAUACAGCUGUUAUCCAGGGUGCCGAGGCGGCUGGGCAAUGGAUGAGUUUUGGCCCAAAUGUAGCCCAGGCGACUGCUGCUGCCAAUCGAAUUCUCAAGUUGAGAGACGUGGGCACUGGCGAUUCUGGGAAAUCCUUUGAGGCCGAGGGUGGAGUCGAGAUCCAGUUCAAGGAUGUGCAAUACACAUACCCGACAAGAGACUUGCCGAUAUUUGAAAGUCUCAACCUGACUAUCAAGAAGGGCCAAUUCGCCGCAUUAGUGGGGCCGUCAGGGUGUGGAAAGAGCACGAUUAUCUCGCUGUUAGAGCAGUUUUAUCAAGUCCAAGGAGGUUCCAUAUUGAUCGAUGGGCAGGACGUGACGGAGCUGAAUGUUAAGGAGUACCGCAAGAUAAUGUCCCUUGUUGCGCAGGAGGCAACCCUCUUCCAGGGAACCAUUAAAGAGAAUAUCCUUCUCGGGGUGGACGACGCAACAGACGAAGAGGUUUUCAAAGCUUGCCGCGAGGCUGAGAUCCACGACUUUAUCGAGUCGCUUCCUGACGGGUAUGGCACUGACAUUGGCAGUAAGGGUGUGGCUCUGUCUGGUGGGCAGAAGCAGCGCAUCUCAAUCGCCCGUGCCCUUGUCCGCAAUCCCCAGGUCUUGCUGCUAGAUGAGGCGACGUCCAGUCUCGACAGCGAGUCCGAGAAGUUGAUCCAGGCUGCGUUUGAGAAGGCGGGUAAGGGUAGGACUAUGGUCGUCGUCGCGCAUCGUCUAGCGACGAUUCAGAAUGCGGACGUGAUCUUUGUGCUUGGGGGUGGCGCGGGAGGCGCAAGAGUACUCGAAAAGGGAAGUCAUGCGGAACUGUUGGGCAAGAAGGGCGUGUACUACCAGAUGUGUCAGAGCCAGGCCUUGGAUAGGUAGGGCGGUGAAUUUGUAUUGGAUACGGAGGGGGAGGGUAUGGGACGGACACAUAUGCCGCUCAGAAGAUGCACAACCCAUAUUUUUCGGUAUAGCAGUGUAUAAAAUUAUAUAUUCUACUUAUUUAGGAACUUUAUAAAAUCUGUUAGAUUCUCAAAGCAAUUUUGAGGUCUUAAAGCUGAAGCUGACUAUUAAUGAUGUCUGAAUUGUAAUUAUAUUUGGAAAAUAUCUUUAUUAUAUAUUUAC